AACGCUUUCUUCACAGGAUAAUAUACAUUGAACUGUAUUCGAUACACAUAAGAAACACUGAACGAGAUAUAUUACUACUUUAAACACAUACUAUCUCACGAAAAAUAUUCACGCGAUUCUCCCAGAGUUUUGAAGGUCGGAUUAUCUGCUGGUCUUUGUCAAUCUCUCGAAAUAUAACUGGGGACGGGGGGGGGGGGCUGAGCCUCCUCUACAGCUUGUUUCUGGUUACGCUCCUAAUCCUUAGGCUCACUAGUUAAAAAAAAUUUUUUUUUUUUCGUUAAAACACCGAAUAGAUCAAUACAAUUCUGCUAAUAUAAGAUGGUCGAUUAUUUCUAUUUUUAGUUUGGUGGUAUUGUUCCAUAUAUUCCUCAAUAUUUAAUAAUACAACGUUCUCAAAAUGCCGAAGGUUUUUCUAAUUAUGUAUGUCUUACAUUACUUAUUGCUAAUAUAUUACGUAUUGAAUUUUGGUUUGGUAAACAUUUUGAAAUUCCACUUCUUGUUCAAUCAAUAGUAAUGAUUAUAUGUAUGCUUGUUAUGCUUGAACUUUGUAUACGUGUUUAUUCAAAAUCUUUAUGUCAUCAUUUACCUGUUAAUCAACAAAAUAUAUCCCAUACAAAAGAAUUAACAUUAGAUAUUCAUGAAAAAAAAUUUACGGAUUUUCAAAUGGAUUAUUUUUGGAAAUGGACAACAUUUGCAAGUUAUCUUCAAUUUUUAUUUGUAUUUACUUUUAUUUUAAGUACAAUAACAUGGUCACUUCUUGAUAAUACACCUUAUAUUGAAACAAUUGGAUUUCUAGCUGUAUUUUUCGAAGCUUUAUUAGGUACACCACAAUUUAUGCGUAAUCUACGAUUAAAAUCAACUGAAGGGAUGAGUGUUAAAAUGGUUCUUAUGUGGACAUCAGGUGAUAUAUUUAAAACUGUUUAUUUUAUUUUACGAAAUGCACCAAAACAAUUUUGGCUUUGUGGAAUGUUACAAAUUAGUAUUGAUAUAUCUAUACUUUGUCAAGUUGUUUUUUAUUCUGAAAAAUAUCGAUUUCGUAGACGUUAA